AUGAGGCGUUGUAUGUACGUGUGGUUGUCCUCUGUCUCGGUCGCUCACGUGUGCGUGUGUUGUGUGUGCGACAGGGACGGCAUGUGCAUGCGCGCGCGCGAGGGCCGCGAGGCGCGUCACCGGCAGCGGCUGCCCGGCCUCGACAGGCACGCCGUCAUCAACCGGGAGCAGGACACCGCUAUGGGCGAUGAGGACACGUGUCAGGCGUUACCGCCGCAGUUGGUGGCGGCCGCCAUACGGGAGAAGCUGCAGCUCGACGACGACAACGACCAGGACAUACUCGGUCAGUACUCUACUAUAUACUGCCGACAUCGACGUCGUAUUUUAUCUUAAAUUACAAUAUUUACAUAAAAAAUUUGCUCGGUGGCGUAGUGAAUAAAUUUACAUAAAGAAGAAGCUCGGUGGCGUAGUGGAUAAGCGCCGCGCCCCGCGAUCGUUGUCGUUAAGCAACUUUCGCAAGGGUCAGUGACGGGAGGGGUGACCAAAAAAAUUAUUAUCUCGAGCUCGACAGUCGUUAAUACCCUCUAAUCCGCAUUGGGCCAGAGUAGAGGGUCAUGGCCCAUCCUCCUUAACCAUUCAUAAGAAAGGAUUGAGCCUCUACAGUGGGGACGUAAAAGGGCUGAUGAUGAUGAUGAUGAUGACAUGAAAAGAUCUUUUGCGACUCCUAUUUUUUAUCCUAAACUAGCGUAAACCUUACUCAAAUUAGGUAUGUUUUCUGUAACUUGCAGUUGUGUGAUUGCCUAAGCUUUUACUGGUACUUAUGAAAGUCGAAAGUCUAUGUAAAUCUAUGGAGACAUUGUACCGAGAAAAACUGACAAGAAACUCAUGAGGAGCGGCCAUUUUGUUUGUAUAGACCAGCACGUGUCCCGCGUAUGGUCGGAGCGUACGCCGGGCGCGUCGCCGCCGGGCGGCAGGCGCACGCGCGCGCGGCACGCGGCACACGCGGCACACGCGGCACAUGCGGCACACGCGGCGCACGCGGCACACACGACCCACUCGCGGCGCGCGCCCUCCGCGCUAUCGUUCGGUAAGAAGACCGUGACGGAGUUGACGGAUAGCGGCGUGUCAGUGGUGAGCGAGGGGGUGAGCGUGGAGCCGCGUAUAUUGCUGUGGAUCGCGGAGGGCAGCGAGCGGUUCGAGCGAGCCGAGCGAGCGGAGCGCCGCCACCGGGACCUGUCCUCGCGCGCCUCCUCCGCCGACCGAGACAGGGAGGACCAUCGACGGAACAAGCAGGCGCAACGACCCAGGGGCGGCAGCGGGCGCAGCGGCAGCGGCGCGAGCAGCGGCAGCAACGUGGUGACGUCAUCGUGCGCGGAGCACACGGUCGUGGUGGUCGCGUUCCUGGACGAGGCGGUGCCCUACAGGUUCAAGGUGCCCGCCGCGCCGCUCACGCUGCGCACCUUCAAGGAGUACCUGCCCAGGAAGGGGAACUAUAGAUACUUCUUCAAAACGAACUGCACGGAUCUGGACACUGUAAUACAAGAGGAGGUGUGCAACGAUAGCGAUACACUGCCGAUGUUCGAGGGGAAGGUUAUGGCGCGAGUGAAACCGAUCGACUGA